GCCAAGCGUUGUUGGGCAAGUGGCGAGUGCUUGGCGGCGGUUUUGUUGGGUCGUCGCGGACUUAAGCGGACAGCCGUUACGCGCUAGUCACUCGCUUAGGCGGGUGCAUGAGUGCCGCGGCGGCAGCCGGUUUAAACCGCAAAUCUGCGAUGGCCCCCGGCGGCAUGACGAAAAAAAGGCAGAAGCGUAAAAGGCUGCUUGAAUCCCGAGCGGGUCACGUGAUGUGGCACGUGAGCUGUGGUUGGGAGCGCGACUGGAGAACUGUCGCGGCGCGACACCUAGGAGUGUGGUGUCCGAAAACGGGGAAAAGGGAAAAAGGGGAACAGGGAAAAAAAGCCAAAAAGAGAAAGAGGGAAAAGGGAGAAAAAGUCAGGGUCAGCCGCCUCUCCGCCGAGUUGUGUGGUGCGGUGGCGCUGAGGCAGAGAGGGGGGAUCUGGCUGCGCUGGCUGACUGGCAGGCUGAGGUUUUCUCUUGUGGCAAAAUCCUGUCUGCCUGUGCCAUUCCAUGGUGCCACGACCAACACCAGGACUAACCAAUACAGCCAUCUUUCACCUCUACAACCGCUUGCUACUCCCCCGACUCUACGCUACACAACCCCUCGCCCAGCAGAAACGAUCUAAACUCAUGUAACAACUCCUCCUCCGGCACCAACAAUGACAGCACCAACAACAACACGUCCGCGGGCGCCACCUCGGCGCUCUCGGACGACCCCGACCCCUUGCCCAUACAUCCGACCAAAAGUCACCCCAGCAGCAUCCCAAACAUCCCGGUGAAGAAUCGUGCCCUUUCUUCCACCCCCGCAUCCUCGCAUGCCCUGUUAGGCCUCAGCAACUCCUCAGAUGACGA